AUGUAUACCUUCAAUGGAAAGCUCAACUGGUCCAAAACUGUGGUUAAUCAGACCAUUACCAUUGUAUUUCCAGCUGGCUUCGCCCUGAACGAUCCAGUCUGUGCCUUUUGGCAAUGGUCUGAGGAUGCUUCGGGGAACAAGAAAGUGAACGCGAACGAAUUAGGUUUCAUCAACACUGUCACGACGAAGACCGGAAAAUACCAGGUCUUAGCUGCCUUCAGCCACUACAGCUUGGAUGUCACUUUUGCAAGUGAUUCUAGCACAAUCACAGCGACGAUGUCCAAUCCAGAGGACGAGCACUCCGAUGUUGCGACGCUGAACCGAGUGUAUGGCAACCUAGUGCAAUUUCGCUCCACGGUCGUUUUCACCGGGAAGAUCAACUGGUCCAACCCACCCUUGGAGAACGAGAUGAUCACUCUCGUCAUUCCAAACGGUAUAUCCAAUGGUUCCCCCGUUGGCUUGUACCAGGCAACCUCAUCAGUAACGAACGGCAUCAACAAGACCUUCCGCAAUGUCACAACCUCUACCAAUGGCGAAGUCAAAGGCACGUUUGAUGACGGAAAAGGCUACACAUAUGAGGUCAAUGUGCGGAGCGGCGGGACGGACGUCGACCUGCUUGUGACCUCCUCGAAUCAAGCCUCAACCACAAACGAAUUGAAGAAAGUCUAUGGUUACCAAAGUAGUCAUUCGUAA